AUGUCUCCCCUUGCUCCAAACCACAUAACUAGAAUAAUAGGACUAGUCGAUCAAUUCGAUCUAUCGGUCGGGCUAUUUGUCGUGCUUGGAUUGUUGGCUUACGAAAUUUCAUGGAUUUUAACGAUUCUAAACGGUCUUCGACUUUUUAUUUUACCGUUUUGUACGAUCUUAAUAAGGGCUUGGUUUUUCUUCUUCACACUAACAACAUUGUUGCUCGGCUUCGUAUCACUGACUUUCUGCGGUUACCUCUUCUUAAUUGGACAUGCUGAUUAUUUCAUCUGGUUUGGGACAUUCAUGCUAACCUUACUUACGUCUGUCUCGGCGUUGGCCUUCGUCUGCACCAUUAUUAAUCUGACGAGUGGAAUGACGACGAACGAGCGGGCAAACUGGGCGCGGUACUCCUACUUGAUCGAUUCAAGGGGUAGAUUAAUGAACCCUUUCAACAGAGGGUUCUUUAGAAACGUCGCCGAAUAUUUCAGUAUCAGUAAUUACGACGAGCGCUCCUCAAUGAAUUUUGAAAACAGAUGGGUCUUGAGAUCCGCUCUGAACUUCGCAAGUGAUGGAGAAAUAGUUAGAGAAGUAGCCAGUGCAAGAGAACAAGAUAUGGAGAUAUAUGAGAAAAGAAAGGGGCACGAGCAACUAGACGAGCAGCAGAGUUAA